AUGAGGCGUCGUUGCAGAGGCCUGCUUGUUCCUCCUUUGAUAUCUGCACACGUCUUAAUUGAAACCUUAAACAGUGGCACCAGCCUGCUGCCCUUUAAGAACACAGAAGUGGAGAGAAAGGAACCUCAGGGAGGAAUUAUCUCACAGACAGAGAUCACUGGGACCAGGGGCGAGAUCCACGUAUACACUUCCCGCUGUCCUGCGCCUCUCCUCUGGCUUCCACCGGCCAGCCUGAGCUUCAAGGUGAAGGAGAAACUGCUGCAACUCCCUCACGCCAGUCAGAGGUUGGCCAAUUUCAGUAGAGAUAAAACUAGAUUGGAUAUAUCAGCUGCUGGCUACGUAAGAGCGGGAGCCUGCCCGCCUAACCUGUUGUCCGCUGCUGUCUGGUGCUCCCAGCGCUUCCUGGGCAAGCGACGGGCCCGCACUGCUGUCAGGCUGCCAGGCAAAUCUAGGCACCAGCUCUGCAAUGCCUUUCCCCCCACAGAACAGCCCCGGACGUGGGUCAAGUACAUCAGCACAAGCAGGGGCGUCUUUUCACUGACAUCAACAAAGGGCUCCUGUCACGUGUGGCCCCGCAAGGCUGGGGGGUGGCGGGGAGAGGAGGAAGUGCCAGGGGCAGAGGGGAGUCCUGGGGAGAGAAAGGUGCGGUCGGCGGCGGCCAAUAACGAGGCCUCCAGGGGGAGGAGGAGGAAGGCGAGCCCCUGCGGCAGCCCCCGUGGAACCGCACCCCGGCCACGCCCUGAGCCCGGGGUCGGGGGGCAGCUCCCCAGCCCGAAGCCCCCCAGGCACACCUUGUCAUGGCCUCCAGCCACACACAGAACAUACUGGCGCCCUCUGGCCCGGGCCCGACGCCCCGCCCACAGCCUGAGAAGCCAAAGCCAAGAUGCCCACUUGGAGCGGAGUUCCGGUAGAGCUGCCGGCGGGCCUCGGGCUCCUCUCGCGAGGCUCUGUCGGGGGCGGAGUUCCGGUAGAGCUGCCGGCGGGCCUCGGGCUCCUCUCGCGAGGCUGCGUCAGGACGGCCGGUGCUGCGCAGGCCCCUGCAGGCCGCACCGGGCCGGGGCCCUCAGAGCAGCAGGCAGGCGUCCUCACGGAAGGGUUUCUGUCAGGCAGAAGAAGAAUAUCAAACAUUUGUCACUCGGCGGAGAUCCCGUCCCUAAGCUGCGUCACUCACCAUUUCUAAAUGUUUGCUUACCUGAGGAAAUGCCUGUAGCAAGACCCCAGGAUUCAAUUCCUUACCACACUGAGACCUUCUCUAUUCCUACUGUAUCCUGCUGCUCUGAAUGGCAGCAUACAUCCCCAAAGUCAUGUGCUCCUUCCUGUGCCUCGGACCCAGCCGUGGGCCGCAGCCGCCUCGGCCAGCAGGCACAUUCCACCUUGAAAUCCUGAGCGCAGCGUCUCCGUAGACUGUCACCUCCUGCCUGAGUCCACAGCAAGGGGAAGCAGCAGUGUGGAUGGACUCCACUGUCCAGGGAGCACCUCUGAGUCCCCACGACUCUUCUUGGACAUCAUAAGUGGAAGGAACGCCUUCAAAUAACUGGAAUUUUGUGUUGUUGUGGCGCUUUUUUUUUUUUUUUUUUAGUCAGGAAGUGGAGCAUUAGGAGUACUUACUCUGAUUUUAAAAUUCCCUCCUUGAGUCUUUUUUUCUUUUUUUAUCCUUAUGUCAUGGAAUUUUUUUACUGCUUAUAUUUGGAAAUACUCAAAACUGGUUAGAAUUCUCACGAGAUGGUAGCUAAGAACUCAUAUGCUCCGUAUGAAUACCAAACAAAUUACAAUUUUUAAAAACAGAAUCAAAUGAGUUUGAAACAAUGGUCAUGACCCUCUCAGUAAUCUGAUGAAAAAAAUGAAGGUAGAAUUUCAAGGAUCAACACUGGUUUAACAUUUCUCCAAGUCUAAGACACUUGGCCUCAAGAAACACCCAGAAAGUUCUCAGCAGAACAAUUAGAACUGGUUGCCAAUUCAAGCCCCUGGGAAUAGUCCAGGGGGAGCAAAUUAAGAAGUUCAAGGCCAGGGAAGCUUAGGCUCUCUAAAUCAUGUCUCUCCUGCGAUAUAUACACUAGGACUCUGAGGGAAUAUGUCCAGAACACAUAUGAAAAUAUGAGACUAUGACUCACUGGGAUUUGAACUGCAUACACAGAUUUGUUGUUCAACCACAAAGAGGUGUUAGUUGACACCAUGACUUUGGAAAGGAGAAGAUGUACGAGCCAGAUUUCUUUAUUUUGAGAGAGAGAGAGAGUGAGCGCAGGUCCGGGGCGGGCCAGAGGGAGAGAAUCUUCCAGCAGCUCCUGCGAGCACAGAGCCAGCUCCCACACAUGAGACCAUGACCUGAGCCUCACUGACUGAGCCACCCGGUGCCGCAAUUUACCUGGGUUCUUUAGUCAUUCGUAUACGCUUCAAAUCCAUCUUCACUUCCAUGUGGUUCUAUAAUCAUAAAUAAGAUAUGUAGAAACAA